AUUUUUUGGCACAAAAGAGAACUAGAUUGUUUAUAUUGGGAAUUUAAAUCAAUCAAUGAAUAAAUAAAUAUAUAAAGACAUAAAUAACACUAAUUUUGAGAGGGGGCGUGGCCUGGCAGGUGCUGAAAACUGCGGAAGCGGAAACCGUCCGGUCGUGUCGUCUCCUCGAAGAUUCCUGAAUAUCUGCUCAUGCGUUAGGAUCUGGUUUCUGACAUCCUCAGACAAACCAAUGCAGGCAGGAGGAAGAGGGGAUCAGCAGGAUGAAUGCUAACUGAGCCAGGAGCUGCACAAAUACAACCGAAAGUUAGACUUUUACAACAGAGGACGAUUUUACUGAAGGUGGUCUAUCAUUCAAGCUCGAGUCCUCUACCACAGGCCUAGGAUUUUGAGGGUCCUGCGCAGUAUCUUUGCUGUUCCUAGGACUGCGCUCCUCUGGACAGAGGUCUGUUGGAGCCACUCGCCUAGCUUGGGGGUCACUACACUAAGUGCUCAGAUCAUCGCUGGGACCACUGUUACCUUUACCCUUGACAACUUCUUGAGCUCUUCUCUGAGCCCUUGAUCGCGGUGGUUUGAUUCCCCACCUCUCCUCCGGACAUCAUGACGUCUUCUAUGCUCCGUCGACAGCUGAAGAACCUGGUCCAGAACUACUCUGAGGCCGAGGUCAAGGUGAGAGAGGCGACAUCCAAUGACCCAUGGGGCCCAUCCAGCUCUCAGAUGGCCGACAUUUCCGACCUAACGUACAACGUUGUGGCCUGUAAUGAGAUCAUGACAAUGCUCUGGAAACGGCUGAAAGACGACAAGAACUGGAGACAUAUCCACAAGUCCCUGACACUCCUGGAGUACCUGCUGAAGACCGGUGAUGAUCGCGUGCUUCUGAAGAUGAAAGACAACAUCUACAUUGUCAAAGCUCUCACAGAGUACCGCUUUGUAGAAAAGGAUGGCAAAGAUCAGGGUGUAAAUGUGAGAGACAAGGCCAAGGUUGUUCUUGUUCUUAUGGAGGACGAUGAGAAACUAAAGGAAGAGAGAGAGUUUGCUGUCAAAACCAGAGAAAAGACAUCAAAAAGUGCAGCUGCAUCAUCUACGGACAACGUCAAGGAUCCAAACUAUAAGCCCUGUUAUGUACCUGGGGCCUCAGGGCUUCCAUCUUUGGACAACAUACCCUCUGUAGCUGACUUGACGGCUUCCUUCGCCGCCCGCAAAGAAGAGCGGCUUAAACAGGAAGCUGAGAAGAAAGAAACCGAGAGACGGGCCAAGAUGAGUGAAGAGGAGCUAAAAUGGGAGGAUGCUAAUAAAGGUUCUGAUGUUAAAACUGAUGCUUGGGGAGGAGAGAAAGAAGAGGAAGUAAAAACGGACCCAUGGGGAGCCCCCAAAGAACCUAAAGAGGCCGUAGAUCCAUGGGGCACCCCCACAAGACCUGACACAACUGAAACAGCAGCUAGCAGUGGUCCCUGGGGGGCUCCAACAAGUCCUGAUAAAGAUCCAUUUGCAGCAGAUCAAACUAAUGAUGAUCCUUUUGUGGCAUCGAAAAAUGGGGAAGAUCCCUUUGUGGCACCGAAAAAUGGGGAAGAUCCCUUUGCGGCACCGAAAAAUGGGGAAGAUCCCUUUGCGGCACCGAAAAAUGGGGAAGAUCCCUUUGCGGCACCGAAAAAUGGGGAAGAUCCUUUUGCGGCACCGAAAAAUGGGGAAGAUCCCUUUAGUGCAUCAAAAGAUGACCCUUUCAACACCCCAAAGGACAGUUCAGACCCUUUCAGUGCCCCCAAAGACACGGAGGAUCCAUUUGCUGCUCAGAAAGAUGAACCAGACCCUUUCAGCUCUUCUAACAAUGAUCCGUUUAAUGUUCCAAAGGAUGAUCCUUUCAAAGCUCCAAAAGAUGACCCAUUUAUCGCCCCAAAAGAUGAUCCUUUUAGUACUCCAAAAGACGAUCCCUUUAGUGCCCCUAAAGAAGAUCCUUUCAUUACCCCAAAAGAUGAUCCAUUCAAUGCACCUAAAGACGAUCCAUUUAAUGCACCUAAAGACGAUCCAUUUAGCUCUCCAAAAGAGGAUCCCUUCAGUGCAAAAGCAUUAACACCCCCUAAAGAGGACCCAUUUGCAGAACCGUCAUCAGGGAAAGAGGACCCUUUCACUGCUCCCACAACACCACCUAAAGAAGAUCCUUUCUCAGUGCCAACCAAACCUGUUCAAGAUCCCUUUGCUGCACCAACAACACCACCCAAAGAGGAUCCAUUCUCUACACCAUCUUUACAUGCAAAAGAUGACCCCUUCGCUGCCCCAACAUCUCCACCUCAAGAGGAUCCCUUCUCCACAACAUCUAAACCGACCAAGGAAGAUCCCUUUGCUGCACCAACAACACCACCUAAAGAAGACCCAUUCACAGCGCCAUCCAGUCCACCAAAGAUAGAUGCCACAGAUCCCUUCGAUGCCCCUCUAGUGAGCUCACCUCAGAGUAGCACAGCUGCAUGGGGAGCCCCAGCCACUUCUCCACCAGCCACCGUGUCAGAUCCCUGGGGGACCACGGCAGGUGCUUCUUCACCUACCAAUAAUUCUGAUCCAUUUGGAGAUGCAUCCAAAGCAGACAAUGACCCAUGGGGGCCUUCAGCUUUGGCUCCUGCCAGUACAGACGAUGCAUGGGGUGCACCUGCUCCACCUUUAGACUCCUCCCCAUCUAGUGACCCCUUUGGAGAUGGAGCAUCUAAAUCCAAUGAUCCCUGGGGUGCAUCAAGCAACACAAGUGGUAAUGGCACAGGAAAGCACUCGAAGCAGGAAGACGCGAUGUAUCGAAAGACUGCUUCCUUCUUGGGCUCAGCAGAGGCAUCACUGGUUGACUUGGACGAUCUGUUUUCAUCUGACCCUAAACCCAGACAGCGCCCUCUCAUUGACGCCCAAACACAAGCCAUCGGCACUUUCAAAACAGCAGGCAUGACAUCCAGCCCUUUGCUAAAACCAGGAGCUUUUGCUGAAACAUCACCCUCAUACUCCAACCCUUUCAUUUCGACCAUAGCUUCCCCCCAUGGUGCACCAACUCCCACUUCUGGAGCUAACAAUCCUUCAGCAUCAUUGAAUACUCUGGAAAUGUCUAAUUCUUCCAUCAGUAUGAUUCAGGCAUCUCAGAUAGGUCCAGAAACACAAAUGAUACAUCCCAUUUAUAUCAAUGAGAGUCCACAAUUAGGACACAACAUGAACUCCCCCAUUGGAGGAGUGGGAAUGGUGCAGUUUGGAUAUCCAGGCUCCAUCUUAAUGGGAACUGGAAUGAUUCACUCAGGUGUCUUUCAAGGAAAUCACCCAUCAGGUGACGGUCAAUUUAGAGGCUCCGUCCCACAGGCUGGCGCUGAAGUCGUCUCAGGCAGCAGGUCAGAUGAGAUGGUGAACAAAAAUAAUCCAUUCCUGUUCUGACAACUUGACAUGUAAUUUGGAUCUCUGGAAUCACCAAAAAGGUAGUUUUGCAUGUUUAGUGCUACAGUUUAGUGUAUGCAUUCUCAUUAGGAUCAAUUUUAGAGCAAAAUAUCUGAACCUUACUUUGAAGUGUCUCUUUCCCCCAAACCAAUGCAAAGUUGUUCUGAGUGAUCCCCUUAGCCUGUAAUGGAAAUUUCUAUCUUUAUGGUUGUGGAGCCUUGGAGGAAGACAUUGUUCUCCAUAGAUAAGAAGGGGUCACAAAAAGGUAAAACUGAUGUGAAUCAUGUGAUGUGGCCUUUGCAGUGACCUGCUGUGGCAAAUCUAGACCAGCAUGUUUGAGGGUGUUCUCCACCACCAUUAUCAAAACACCAAAUGAGGCAAUAUCUUUAAAAGACAGGAGUUCAUCCCUCCAGUAGAGUUCCAGAGACGUGAGUCAUUUUUAUACAGAACUAGGCUGAGAAUUAGCACCGAGCACAAGAGCCCACGUAUGACACAUUCUCACUGAAUCAUAUGCUUUUGUUUGGUUUGGACAAGCAAGCUGCCUGAGAAGAGCAGGAGACAGGACGCACAUCUACACUCCCUAGUGAUGAACACACAGGAUGAUUAUCUGUUCAGAGCUCACCACGUGGAAGCUGGCAUUCACAAUUCAAAUAUAUAGUAUACGUGGCAGUUUUUAUGUUUCUAAGCUUGGUUGUCAAAGUGCUGUUGAAUUUAGCCAGAAGGAAAUGACAGUACUUAACAAGUACGAAGGAAUCUAAAUAUUUGACAUGGUAAACUUACAUCUGUGUCUUUCUAGAAAGAAGGAAACAAUCGACAAAAGUGGUGUAUUGAUAAUGGGAAGUGGUGAGUAUAUAUUUAUACAUAUUUAGAAGCAUAAACAUGCAAAACCACCUAAUGAUGCUUUAAUAAAAAACCCUUUCAUUCCUGAGCUUACACUAACCUCCCCUGAACUCAAGAUGCUGCCCAUGAAUCAAAUGUAUACAAACACAAUGUGUACAGCGUAAUAUAUAUAUAAACAAAUACACAGAUUAUUAAAAAAGAGCAAUGUAAUUGUUAUUUAAAAAUGAAUUUAUUCGAUUUUUUUCCUUUCCCUGCACAAGUGUGACAAACGGAGAGCACCUCAGUGUGUCUGUGUGGAAAUCCUAAAGAGUUUUCGGUGUGUUUGAGUGUUGUGACAGGACCUGUAAAUCUUUGACUGGGACAUGCGUCACUGUAGGAUUAAGUGUGUGUGUGUGUGUGUGUGUGUGUGUGUGUGUGUGUGUGUGUGUCUGCAGUAUUUUGCUGAUGUAAAUAGUGGAAGUAUUUACAAGUAAACCUGGAAAUAUACUGUACUGUAUAUCAGAGUGUUGCAAUCACAAGUAACUAUUUAUUGAUCUAUUUAUUAAUUAUUAAUUUAUUGCUUGGUUAAUUAUUGACACAGCAAUGAAAUCCAACAAGAUCCAAGGUCAGGUGUAACUUUCAUUUCAGGCAGGCCUGGUGGUAUUGAUCAUGUGAUGUUAACUGACUUUAAUCUAAUUGGUUGUUUAAAUAUUUCUUUGUGAAUCAGCUCGGUAACCAACGGUGGCUUCAUCUUCCCGUUUAGCUCUGUAGACAUUUUUGAGUCAUUGUGUAAUUGUCUUCUUGGUUUCCCGGCUCUUUCUGAGGAGAAACUGAAAUACCGUUUUGGCGAAAUUAAAAACAGAGUUCAAGAAUAUCAACUUGUUUAAUGUGUAUGCUGUUUGAGCGGAUGUGUAUGUGUACUUGCUCCUCAUUUACUUCAACACAAACAUCUGAAAGGAGACUAAAUGGUUGUAUUUUCUCUUCUUGUUACAUUUUACUUUGAAAACUUAAAUGGUAGCAGGAUUCAUCAUCAUCAUCAUUUAUUAGUUUUGAAAACUGUAAAUUAAAGCCACAGUGAAGCAGGCAAACCUGAUGAAGGGAUCACAUGGCUGUGUGCUUCAUGGGCUGUACGAGUCCUUACUGUGUUACUGACUCGGUGAUAUGUGAACAUUGGUGGAAAAACAGACUGGAAUACAGUCUAGCUUCACAUGACUAUUAUUUCUCAGAUUUAAUUUUGUAUGAAAUGAAUUUAUUUUGCUGUGUAUUAAAAUGUAUAGUUGUGUUGUAAACUGUGACAGUACAUUUGAGAAAUAAAGCGAUUCAUGAUACAGUCA